AUGUUUUGGGUCGCUCCGAAUCGCGGCGAACAGUUUUAUCUGCGCGUACUUUUGGCCGUGUAUCCGUGUCGUAGUUUUGAUGACCUCAUCAGACUUGGGGGCGCCGGAUGCUCCACAUUCCAAGAAGCUGCCCGAGCGGUUGGUUUGGCUGAUGACGAUUCAGAGUACCGCAGAUCGAUGCAGGAGGCACAAACUUUCAUGACCGCGCCGCGUUUACGCCACUUUUUUGUAAUGUUAGCUGUAAACGGGAUCCCAGUCGCGUCAUUAUGGGAUCAAUUCAAGGACCAACUGAGCGAGGAUUUCAUUAGACGAUUUCCUAGCGAUCAAAUUGAUAGGGCCCACGAGAAAAGUCUCGUACUCAUCGGGAGAUUAUUGCGCAAGCACGGCAGCCGCUUGUGUGAUAUGGGAUUACCGGAAGCGAUCGACGACACCACAGAGUUGGGUCGAGAGUAUACCGAAUACGAUCGAGCCGAAUUGGUUGGAUUCGUAGAGGUAUGGCUGCCGAAACUAUCAGUUGGUCAGCGAGCCGUGUACGAUUACGUACACGAGCUCGUCACAAAUACCGAACACCGCGAAAAUAGUGACAACGCGAUCUUUGUUGAUGGUCCGGCGGGUACCGGGAAAACGUUGCUAUUAAAUUUAAUAACUUCACACGUGCGCGGUGAUUUAAACGGUGUCGUUUUAUGCACGGCUAGCUCGGGCAUCGCUGCCCAAAACUACCCCAGCGGCAUGACGGCACAUAGCAUGUUCAAAUUGCCCAUCGAAUUGGUGGACGAUUUGGGACAUUGGAGCGUCACUAAAAGAUCUCAACGCGGGGAACUCAUUCGGAAAUCUGACGUCAUCAUCUACGAUGAGGCCCCUAUGGCACACAAAUAUUUAAUUCACAUGUUGGACAGAUCUCUUCGAGAUCUCAUGGACUCGGAGAAAAUUUUUGGCGGCAAAGUAAUAAUAUUCGCCGGUGAUUUCCGUCAGAUUCCACCGGUGGUACCUAAUGCUAGAUCAAAUUCAGAUGUAAUCAACAGUUCAGUAAAGUCAUCACCGCUUUGGGAACAAUUAAAAACAUUCACUCUGACGGCAUCCCAGCGUCAGACGAGCGAUCCCGAAUUUGCCGAUUUUCUAUUUAAACUGGGAUCAAAUCAGCUGCCGACGGAAAGAGUUACAGUAGGACGUGGCGUCCAAAAUUUAAUAGACCUUUCCGUCAUUUCACACGUAACGACUUUGGGAGAACUUAUAGAUUUCGUGUUCCCAAUUGACGAUUUAAACGAGCCUGACUUGUGUGCAGGCAGAGCGAUCCUUUGCACCCAUAACGCUGGCGUGAAAGAGAUCAAUGAACGUGUGAUGGGUCGGUUACCGAAUGAGCCAAUGCAUUUCUUCGGCGUUGACAAGGUCGUCAGUGAAGGCCCCGAUGAGUUAUUUUUCGGUCCGGAGGCAUUGUGUAGGAUUCAACCUAAUGGUGUUCCAGAGUACGAUUUAGUGUUAAAAGUCGGUUCCGUUUGCAUGAUCACUCGCAAUCUUAGUUUCGCGGAUGGCUUGGUCAACGGGACCAAAGUCAUCGUAGUGGCGGUAACAUCACCUCGCCUCAUCACAGUCCGCAAACCAAAUCAACACCAGGACUACUUGAUUCCGCGUAUUCAGUUCAAAGCCCCGAUCGAUCGCCGGAGCCCGAUCGAGAUGAUGAGAACUCAGUUUCCGUUACAGUUCCACGAAACUCUUCGUGAGCAACACGCCUGCGUGAUCUGCGCCGAUCAACAGCCCAAUGUCAGGCGCGGCCGCAUCACCGACGUCGCUUAG